AUGUUGGAAGUCACUUUUGCUGGUGCUUUUGGUGGCAUGAUGGGAGGUGCUAUCGCCCAAAACAUGCAAAAUACUGCAGGUCUUCGAGGAUGGCAAUGGUUGUUUAUCAUUGAAGGUCUUAUGGCUGUGGUCAUUGGGUUGUCAGGAUACUUUUUACUUCCCAGCUAUCCACACAACACGUCAUGGCUUUCUCAAGAAGAACGGGAGUUGGCUGUAGCACGACAAGCUGCUCAAGGCAAGAGUAUCAAACCCAAACCAUACAGCUGGAAAAUUCUAUGGAACGUGUUAGCCACACCUUAUGCUUGGGUUGCAAUGCUCAUUUUCGCUUGUGCAUUUAUUGGCAAUACAAUCUACGUCAACUUUGCCAUCAUUUUACGUGAUAUGGGGUAUGAUCCUGCAUUUUCCAAUUACAUGACAACACCGGCAUACGUGUUUGCAGGCAUUGUUGGUAUGCUGAUUGGGUGGAGCUCUGACAGACACGGCGACUAUAUUGUGCACCUGAUUGUAUUGCAACUUUGGGUGGGUGGAUGGUACUUGGCCAUGGCACUUGUCAAUCACGGCAAUAAUCCAGCACCUUUAGCAUUUGUUGGUACCUAUGCUGUUGCUCCAAGUUUUGUCACUACUACCUUAUCCCUCGUUGGCGUUAAUCAUAUUUUCAAGGCUGAUCAUAAUACACGGGCAUUGGCUAUCGGAUUUAUCAACAGCAUAGGGAUGCUUGCACCUAACUUUAUCAACGUACGCGCAUGGGUGGUCACUGAUUCGCCAGCUUUCUAUACUGGUAAGCUGACCAAUAUGGGAAUGAGCUUUUUUUCGAUCCCACUUGUCAUUUUGCUAUGGUGGCUGCUUCGCCAUAACAUCAUGUUGCCAGAGGCUACCAAAGAUAGAAGUUCAGGCGACGACAAUGAAAGCAUGCCGUCUGAUGAACAAGGAAGUAGCAAAUACGGCGCUGUCCAUCGUGCCUCGCAGCCUUGA